UACUAUUAUUUCAAAACUGCCUUUGAUGCUGUGCGAGAAGCCAAUCGAUCGGACUGGCUACUUUCCAGAUACCGCGUUGCAUUGUAUUUCUUGGAAGAGGAAAAACAUCAAAUGAUUCACGGCGCCUAUGGCGUUAUGCAAUUAUGCUGCUAUAUCAGGAGUGGACAAUUUAAAAAAAAACGAGAGAGCACCUUCAGAAGAACAACCUGCUGAGGAGGGUCGUGGGACGAUGGAUCAAACAGGCAAAGGGAAACAGAAAGUCACUGAUCAGCCAAUGAG